AUGAGGAGGUACGGAAACGCGAGUCCGGAGAGGGCAAAAGUGUGGACGGAGCCCCCACCGAAGCUCCACCAUCAUCACCAUCAUCUGCAGCAGCAGCAGCGAGGGCAGCAUCAGGGAAGGAAGGUGCCUGUGGUUUAUUACCUCUGCAGGAACCGGCACCUAGAGCACCCACAUUUCAUCGAGGUGCCCACCUCGUCCCCGGAGGGCUUGUUGCUGAGGGGUUAGAUCUUGAAGAAGUCCAUCUUUCUUUCCUCGAUUAUCGCGAGACGGCCGCAAUCUCUGACCCCGCUUCUCGUGUUAUGCACGCAGAUGUGAUCAACCGGCUGAAUGCGCUGAGGGGGAAAGGGGUGACCGCCUCGUACUCCUGGUCCUGCAAGAGGUGAGAAUCCAGAAACCAGGAGCUCCAUUAUAUCUCCUAGUUGCCCUCUUCGUGUUGGGAUCUCAUUUUCCAUCGAUGGGGAUGCCGCAGGAGCUACAAGAACGGCUUCGUUUGGCAUGAUCUCUCGGAGGACGAUCUCGUCCUCCCUUCCAAUGGCGACGAGUACGUCCUGAAGGGCUCCGAGAUCCUGGAUUCAUCUCCUUCUGGUAAUUCAGCCAGAGGCCUUCAUCCAUCUCCUUGAAUUGUACAGUGGACGUAUACCUGGUUGGAAUAGAUGAACCCUAAUUCGAAUCUCGACACUGUUCAGACCGGCCGCGUCACGCCGCCGGCGCCACCAAGCACCGGCAAAGGGAGAGCCCAUCGCCGUCCACUUCCAGAAGCCGGGAGGCCUCUCCGUCUUCCCGGGGCGUCGUCGGUAAGGAGACGAAACCGCCGCCGCAGCAGUUGCCGCAGCAGUUGCCGCAGCCACUGUCGCCCGCUCAUCAUCAUCCUCCUCCGACGGCGGCGGCAUCAUCAGCUCCGGAGGACGAGCUCUCUCCUUCCUUGGUUCACAGACCGACCUCCUUCUCGGGCAACGCCUCCCCGGGACCCAAGUCGCAGCCACAGUCGGCCGGCGGCUCCUCCUCCCCUUCCCCCGGAGAGUACAGGGUUCACAAGGCCAUGGGAGCUGCAGAUGCUUCGACUCAGACCGAGGAGACGGGAGGGGGCUCGAAAAGGAUGAGGCGCCCGCAGGGGACGCACGGAAGGGCCAUCUCCACUGACGAGCGCCCUCCGGAUCUUGAAUUCGCGGAGAUGCAGAGGAACCGGACGCCACGGUCGACUCGGAGCUGCGAGAUAAUCAGGGACGAGAUGGCUUCUCCCCUGACAUCGACGAGCACCUUCUCGCCCGGCGGGAAGAUCGACACCUUGGAAUCCCUGAUCAGGGCGGACGCUGCUCGGAACCUGAACAGCUUUAGGAUUCUCGAAGAGGAGAUCCCCAUCGCGACGGGCGGUGCAAGGAUGAAGCCCAUCAAUGUCCUGAUGCAGCUGAUCACCUGUGGCUCCAUCUCCGUGAAGGGUCACCACAGCUUCGGUCUUGUACCGAGCUACAGGCCAGCAUUUUCCCAUACGGAGUUCCCUUCGUCGCCUAUGUUCUCUAGUUCGAUGAUGUUGGGGGAGCUCAGCUGCCCCUCUAAGAGUCCGAGGAUGACGGAAACCAGGCUGGACGAGGCCAAAUCUCGAGAGAGCUCGAUGGACACCGAGCACAAGCAAGGAGGAGGAGAACUCGUGCCUACUCUCAAGCGUUCUUCUUCAAAUGGAGCAGAGUGGUAUUCUCAUCUUCCUUCUCUUUUUCUCUCUCUUUCUCUCUCCCUCUCUCUCGCCAUAUUCGUCCUACAAACGCCCACACACUCUCCUCAGAUUCCCAGAAUACUUUCAGGUUGCCAUGGCUAAAAUCUAGGACACUACAAGGUACAAUUUUAGUCUCGACUUCUAUGAUUAUUGUCAUUACAACAGUAGUUUAUCCCCGAUUGGUACCAAAUCAUGGGUCUUGCGACAUUUUUAUCAUCAAUAAGAUAACUUUUUAAAUGGAUUCCUGAGGUUUUAGACUGCUUCCACCAUCAACCAUCAAUCAGCCACAGAAAAUGUAUUCAAAAAAUAUAGUUCGAAAAUGUUGCUUAAUCUUGCUUAAUCUUUUUUUACUAUCUUCGCAUCUGAAAAUCCCUCCCGUUUUCGUGGAAACACUUCGACUCUCAUUUCUUAUCAUCUGGGUAAGCAUCGUCUGAAACUAACUGUAAUCCAGGAGUUCCAAGUCGCCCCCUCCAGCUAGGGAUGAGGACCGGGCAAUGGAUCAAUCCCGUUCAAAGCGCCUCCCCAAGUCUGUCAGAGUCAACGGCAACAAGCACUCCAAGAAGGGAGCAACAUCGAGGAGGUCUCCCCUUUCUUCCCCAUGCCCGGAUUACCAGCAAUCCCCAUCCUGGGAUCCAUCCAAGGCCGGAAGCAUGAGGAUGCCCGUUGCCUCCCCUUCCAGUGGGUCCUCCAUGAGGGCAGAAUCCUUUCCGAAGGAAAAAGAGAAGGUCAUCAAGAUUGAAGAAAGGUCGGAUGAGGUCCUCUGGUGUUCUCUCUCCAUAUCAAGGCACUCGUUGACCUCCUCCUCCUCCUCUUCUUCCUCUUCCCCUUGCAGGCUCACCUCCGGAGCCCGGGUCAUAAUCCAGUCGAGGGCGCCGUGCGAAGACAGCGACGGCAGCAACAGUUCUUGA